AUGCCAUUUGAUCCAAAGCUGUAUGAGAAAUACGAAUUCUACACUGUAACUCAAAUUGAGGAAGGAUUUAUUCACGUGCAAUACACGAAUCCAAAAACAUUAAAUGCCUUCACAGAUCAAAACUGGAAAGAUUGCGGAGAGAUCUUUACAAGAUUGGAUAAGGAAGAGGAUGUGUCGUUGAUUGUGUUCUCCUCAGGAGUGCCAAAAUCUUUUUCGUCAGGAUUGAAUUUGAAAGCGGCCAUGGAUUCUUUGGGAGGCAACGAUCAUCUUCCAGAAAGAGAAAGAGUGCGCCUCUUGCACAAGCAUAUAACUGAGUUUCAAGACGCAAUCAGUGUACCAUCACGCAUUAACACUCCAACGAUUGGCGUGUUGAAUGGAAUCAACUACGGUUUGGCUCUUGACAUGUCAAGUGCAUAUACUAUUAGAAUUGCUGUAGAAGGAGCACGAUUCUCCAUUGCUGAGGUGAAUAUUGGUAUUGCCGCUGAUAUUGGCUCAUUACAAAGAUUGCCUGCAUUGAUUAACAACAAGUCAAGACUUAUGCAACACGCAUUAUUGGGUGAUGUUUGGGACGCCAAGGAGGCCUUGGAGUUGGGCUAUGUCAGUAUGAUACACCCUUCUGUUGAGCAUGGUAUCGAGCAAGCCAAAGAAUGGGCCGAAAAGAUUACUCAAGUUCCCCAAUGGGCAAUAAAAGGUACAAAGAAACAUAUUCAAGAUAUUUUGAAUGGCCAAAGUGUUGAGCAAGGAUUAAAAGAUAUUGCUGUUUAUAAUGCAAUCAACAUCAAUGGAUCAAAGUUGAAGUUAUAG